AUGGGGCCCGCAAGGCGGGAAGGGAGUGCCACAGAGAGAAAACAGGUAUGCUAAGCUAAAGCGAAGCAAGACGGUCCUCUCUCUUUCUCUCUCUAGUUAUCAUCGUCGCCUUAUUUCUUGCUGUAGGAGGAAACUCCGAGCUCGUUUCUCUCUCUGAAAGCUGGCCAACGUCUGGAGCCGGCGAAGGGAUCUGAGGCCCCGAAGAAAGAAAGGUAGGAUACGACUCGAGCGGUGCGGAGAGAUCGGCGGUGAUAACCCGCCGCCAGAUCCAGUCCAUGCCAGAGUAAUGCAGUUGAGGUCCCGGCGUAUGCCGGAGAUUUUCUUGAUGAGGAUCGGUUGGAGUCCAGUGAUGGAGGACUCGAAGCGUCUCAGCUGACAGUAAGUUACUCGCACUCGGAUGUUUUCGUGUGUAAACAAAGUUAAGGGGAGUUCUCUGAGGGGAGAACAGGAGUCUGGGAACUCAGGGACGGUACUUUCAUUUUUUUCCUGAUGGAUCAGAUAGAUCUGGUGAUUUGAAGUGGAAACUACGGCGCAUAUUGGCUUCAAUUGAUCGAGAGAUGUUAUUCUCGUGGUGUUCGGGGAAGUUUUUUAAAAUGUUGGCUGUUUGUGGGAAGUUUUUAGAAACACGGUGUUCGAGUAUUGCUCACCGGAGCAGAUAGGUUGGAUUUUUUUUAUUUUUCGAGUAGAAGAAGAUGAUUUGGAGAAAUGAAAAUUACGACCGCUCAUGCUGUUAAAUCUUGGAAGGUUUUCUAACUUAUAUGAACCUACACAUUUUUUAUUUAACUGCACAAUAUACUGACCACUGAUCCAACAACUCGGGGAGAAUGACCUAUUUUUAACGAAAAAAACGAGGUGAAAUUUUCAUUCAGAUCUUAGUCAUUCAUAUGCCUGGUGGCGAUGAGAUUACACUUAGAUACUCCAUAUAAUAUUAUUUUUCUCGUUAAUUAAUUUCCAGGUGAUGCUGUUUCUUGUCAUGGCAGGCGAGAUUGAAGAUCGCACCAAUUUUCAGGUCCUACUCUAUUUUUUUCUCAUAUCCUUUUCGAUGCUGAGAUAUCAAUGCUCACCAAAUGGCUUCUUUUUAAUAUGCCAUUUUCAAAAUAUUUUAUGACGAUCAUUAUGUCACUACUUGAUUGGUUUUUUCUAUGAAAAUUCCUAGUUUUGAGAUGUAUGUUUUAAUUGGCUGCAGUAAUCGUUCUCAUCAUCGUUUGAUAUCUCUAUUAAUGCAUUUUUUUCAUGCUGCUAUUUCAUUUUUCGAGACUCUGACUACUCUACAAUGAGCGCCACUGUUUCUGAGUUUCCAGUAUUAUAUCACCUUACCAAUAUUUCUUUAUCUUUCUUGCCCAUAAUUCUGAUAGUAAUUGACGUGUAUAAGAGAUCUAGUUCCACCUGUGCUGCGCAUUUCAACUGUAGCUUUAUAGAAGACGCACAUACAUAUUUUGGGUACAUUUGUUUAGUCCACUAUAACUUCAUUAAAUUGUAGAUCGCGAUUUCCCUUUCUAGAAAUAAAAACUUUUCAGUAGCACUGCACGCUGGUUCGGGUUAAUUUCUGAUCAAGUACUUCAUUGUUCACAUGUUAUUAUUUUCAAGUGGAGUUAUUUUAGGAAUGAACUGCAGUCAUUAUUGGAAUAUUUUUACUUAGGAAAAUUGUAUUCACAUAUGAUAUUUUCUCGGUUUAUAAUUUUAUUUAUUUAGGAGUUGUGAGUUGACUGCUUUUGGUCGGCUUACCUAUUUACUUUGGAAGUUUGUUCAAUAAUUACUGAGGUCUCACCAUUUCUAACGUUUUGAUCGCUUGUUCUCAUGUCUCUGUGGUCAAAAUAUUGCCAGGCUGACUGCUUGCACUCUGAUUCUGUAUCAUUUGGGAGGUUUGAAUCCGAGUCUUUAUCUUGGGAAAAGAGAUCAUCCUUCUCUCGCAAUCAGUACCUGGAGGAAGUUGAAAAAUAUUCCACACCUGGUUCAGUUACGAAAAAGAAAGCUUAUUUGGAAGCUCACUUUAAGACGAAGACUUAUCUCCAAGGUUUAACUGGAACCCAGAAAGGGACGGAUGGCCUAGUUGAAAAUGACGCCGAAAUUCGAGAUGGAUGCGUGGAGGAGCUUGAGAAUCUGAUCAACGAAGAAACACUCAAUACUGGAGAAUCUGGAAGCCAUGCGAACGAUGAAAUCCAAUUUUCAUGGUAUGAUGUGACCCCAGACAUUGCAGAUGGGCAUAAACAUGAGGUGGAAGAGGUUGAAAGUGAAGCAUCGUUAUAUGUAUUCCCUAUCAAAGUCAGAAAUAGUAAGUACAUUAGCUGUGCGCCAAUUCUCAAUAUCCGUUCUCUGGAUGUUGAUUGUGGGGAAAGAGUGACGGCAACCCCUUUAAUUGAUCCCUCAGAUUUGGACAAGAGCACUAUAGACACUACUGAAAGAGUCUCAGUACGUGUUGCCACUGGACCAGAUAAAAGCGAUGUAAUAGUUCAUGCAACCUCAGUAUGUGAUUCCAAAGAAUCAGACAAAUAUGAUGCAGACAUAGUGUACGAGGAAGUGGAAACAAUCCCUGCAUGUGAUUCCUUGGAUGCAGAAAGUAGCAAAGUAAACAUGAAUUCAAGAAUCUCAGCAUGUGAUGCUACAGAACCAGAUAAAAAUUCUGUAGAUAUGGUUUUCGAACAGAAACCCGAAGAUAGUGUUAAAGAUAUGGAUUCUGAGCAAAUGGAUUCUUUAUCUCAGAGUUGUCCUGUUAAGAUAGCCAGCUCUUCUAUUUUGGAGAAAAUGUCAGAAUUUACCCUCGAGGUGAGACGUUUUCAAAGAAAAUUUCAAGUCCUCUCUCUCGUCAUCUUCCUUUGUUCCACUAAGUGACUUAAAUCAUUUUUCAAAGGGCAUUCUGAUCAUCAAUGCAUUGUACUAAUUGAGGCAGUGUAUGGAGUAAAAGGGAUAAAGGAGAUUAUACCAUAUUUUCUAUUUCCUACAAAAAUACAUCGAAAAAGAAAACUUCAGAUCGCCGGGUUUUUUUUUUAUCAUUAGAUUGAUGAAAUUUUCUAUUUAUCGUUGACGAAAGGGUCACGUGGUAUUCACUGUUCUAUUUUUGUGGAAAUAUCCUUUUGAAGGAAAAGACAACUGUAGUACAGGAGCCUAGAAAAGUUGACUCAAGGAGGGAGGCUCCUGUUCUCCAGAAAGGUCAAAAGAAUUCAUCAGCGAAAGGUUACCCUUAUCUGGGGAAGGUAGCGGCAGAAGUUCCAAGGAAGGCAGAAAAGGAGACUCCUUAUAGCCUAAAGCAAUCUUCUUCAGGAGUUUUACCCUCAAAAUCCCCUCGUCAGGAAAACACGGAACCUGAGGUAACCAACCAUUUUAGGAGCAUCUGUGGAGGCACAAUUUUUUUUUUCUUUUCAAUGAGUUAAAAUUUUACACAUGAACCCCCAUACCCUGUUUAAAAGAUUAUUUAACUUUGGGCCCCUUCGUAGGAUGUGCUUUAUGCUGGAUUUUGGUUUCAGCAUAAAUAUAAACUUUUGAAUUUUGGUUGCAGGAUUCUGAAAAAAUAAAGAUAAACUCGAGACAAGGGAAUGGAAGGUAUGUUGCGCUUUGCUUCCUGAUUACUUUCUAAGCUCGUAAAGUUUUCUUCUUUAUUCGUGUAAAUUUUCAUCACUGUCAGUUCCCUUCAUCUUGAAAGAACAAACAAGAGCGCUGUGACGCUUGCGCCUACUUCUCACAAGGGUCAAGCUGACGAAUGCCAGUCAGAAAUCACGUAUUUGACUUUAUCCCGUUGACCCUAUUCUCUCACGUACUUUAAGGAUCCUCACUCAUCGCCUAACCCCCAGGCCUAAACGGGCAACGAAAACGACGAAGCCUGAACCAAGGUCCAGUGGCGCAAGCUUCAGUUUCAGGAGCAGCGAAAGAGCUGAAAAGAGGAAAGAGGCAAGCCACGUUCUGGUUUUUCUCUCCCAUUUUAUUUCUGUUUCUGGCCAAAUUCUGCUAGACAAUUGAUCGGUAUCCUUUCUUCUGUAAUCCAGUUUUACAUGAAAUUGGGGGAAAAGCAGCAAGCCAAGGAGGCCAAGAUUAGUCAGAUCCAACUAAGAACACAGGUCUGGGGAAUAUAUGACUGCUACUUUUUUGAGUCCUCUAUUUAUUUAUUUAUUUAUUUUAUUAUCACUGAAAAGUGGUGAAUUUAUGUUGUGCCUUGCCUUUAGCUUUUUAUUUGUUUAUUUAUUUAUUUAUUUAUUUAUCCCGAUGCAUCCAUAGAUUCCCUGCGUGUCAUAAAUCCAAUGCAUUGUUUUCAAAUGUAUGCCCAAAUUAGAAAACAACCCUUCUUUGGCUUUGGGUUUGACGAGGAAGACACUGAUGAAUUUGCGUUCUGUACGAGCAGGAAGAAAGAGAUGCUGAAAUUAGACAGCUCAGGAAGAGCCUCAGCUUCAAAGCCACACCCAUGCCUUCUUUCUAUCACGAAGCUGCCCCGAAGGCCUAUGAUGUGAAAAAGGUAUCUCCCCUUGAAUUAUAUAUGCUUCCAUAA